AUGGCUGAGGACAACGACAGGUGUGAUGAGCAGACGAUCCAAGAUGGCUGGAUGGCAGGAAUCCUGCACCGGUUCGACACCAUGUGCCGAAAAUUCUGGGAGGGAUGGGAGAAAAGGCGACAGCCACCUGCACCUCCUAGGCCUGAAAUACAGUCUCCAGGCAGAGGUUCGGUUCGGCGCCCCCUUCGUAGGCGGCGAAUCAAGAGGGCCCGAGCGCCCACCCGUGGUCCACGCACCAGAGCGGUACAGCCUUGCCUGGAUACCCGCGCUCAAUUGCAUCAGAGCCUACCACGAAAGUUUGAAGCUCCACAUUGGAGGAAGGAUCCCCCAAGACAUCUGCUCAAACGGCAUGCACAGCCCAAGCAACGGACAACGAGGAUGCAGAGGUCCACCAGGAAGCACCCUCAGAGAGCGGUACUGCCUAAAGACUGGCUGACAACAACAGAGCUCCUGCACUACCACCAGGCACCUGCUGGAUAUGCCCUGAAACAGCUCACUGGGAGGCUUGCACACCACCUGCCACGUGGGGGCAUCAGCUGA